CAGUUGUCAGGAACCGAGAGUGAUACCGAGCGAAAACGAAGAGGAUGAUUUCCAAAAGUGCAAAACUGUUUCUAUAAAAUAUUUUAAAUUGACCAGAGAAGGAAUCAGGAAAGUGAUUGGUAAUUUUAUCAAUAAAUACAAGAAUUUUAUGCUUAUAACUACGUUUAUUUUCCUGGUCAUAACAUUUUCUAGAUUUGUUGCAGGCGCUGCGAAGUUGACAUCUGAUUGUCCAGAUGAAAGAAGAGUAGCCGAGUACUUGUUCGUGAAAUCAAUUCUUGGAUUCAUAUUUUGGUUCAUGCUGUUACUACUGGGAUGUAAGAAGCAAUUGACAAAUGCCAUGGACAAUCAUUUCGUUGAAGUAUACCUCGUCUUAGAGUCCUUAUUUUCGCUUAUUUGGCUGAUAGUUGGAAGUGUGUGGAUAUUUGGCUCAAGGAACGAUAUGAUCGACGAAUGUCCCUUUUAUGUGAACGACUGGAACAAACAUUUCAUAAACUUCGCUUUAUUUCUUACAGCAAUAGACUGGAUAGGUCUGGUUGCAUUUGGAUUUUAUAUAUGUUAUGUCCAGUUUGACAGAUCCGACGAGAACAUACAUCAAUAAUAAGCAUUUUUAAAAGUCGCCAUUUUUUCAAUGAUUACGUCACAGUGGAAAACAUCCUCUCACGCGACAAUUAUGUUCUAAAAAUAGGAAAGCGGGCAUGAUAUCUACAGAAAUAAACCGAUACUCAACGAAACAAUCGUAUUUGAAACAGUUGUGAUGAUUGUGAUGAUUUAGAAUAAUGUUUUACAUUAAUUUGUCUUAUUCAUAGACCGAAUUUGUGAUUAUUUUUUCUGUGAUAUGAUUUUUCAAAUAAUCAAAUAUAUCUU